AUGGCGCCGACGGGCGGUGGACAAACUGUUGUUGUAAAUGAACGAAGUGUAGUAACUAAUGAUUUCUCUUCCUCGUCUAGUACACCAUCGGAGUACAGGACUUACAAGUGGCGAUGGUUCAUCCUCAUCGUUGUCAGCAUCCUAAAUUUAUCAAAUGCUAUGGUAUGGAUUACAUUUUCUCCUAUAGCUGACCUGACUACAGUCUACUACAAUAUAAAUUCUUUCCAAGUUAAUAUAUUGUCAUUGGUGUUUCUCAUCGCCUCCAUUCCUUUUGGACUGACAGCAUCAUGGAUAUUAGAUACUUUCGGCCUGAGAGCAAGUUUGCUUACUGCAGCAUGGCUGAAUGGUGUUGGGUCAUUGCUUCGGAACUUCAGUACAUUCAACUUUGUCCCAGAUGAUUCCAGGUUUGCAGUGCUACUGGUUGGGCAGAUCAUGGCAGCAUGUGCUCAACCCUUUGUCAUGUUUGCCCCAACUAAACUGGCAGCUCUCUGGUUCCCAGAAAACCAGAGAGCAACUGCCAACAUGUUAACAUCCAUGGCAAAUCCAUUGGGAAUUCUCGUCACAAAUGUCUUACUGCCGGCAAUUGUCAAUGGCUGUAACAAGAAGGAAAUACCGAUUGCCCUGUGGGUGGUCACAGGACCUGCGCUAAUGGUGAUGCUGAUGACCACGUUUGGUGUUUGUAGCUCUCUACCUCCGACACCUCCAUCAGCUAGUGCUGAUGAAGCCUCACAGCCAUUCAUCCAGGGAUUCAAAAAGAUGGCUAAAAACAAGAACUACUGGAUACUUAACUUUCUGUUUGGAGCUGGUCUUGCCAUUUUUACUGCCUUUACGUCGUUUCUUGAUCAGAUUCUCUGUCCACGAGGAUACUCCAAUGACUUCUCAGGGAUAUGUGGGGCGCUGAUGAUCGCGGGUGGCCUGUUUGGGGCCAUCAUAUCUGGUAUCUAUGUGGACAAGACAAAGCGGUUUGAGGAGGUUGUUAAGGUGUCUUAUGGGACGGCCAUUGUAUUCGCUGUAGGUUUCAUGGAGGUUUCCCGAUUCAGAGACCAGGAAGCAUUAAUCGCAGCAUCUAUCUGUUUAUUUGGAAUGUUCGGGUUUGCUCUGUAUCCUAUCAGCCUUGAAAUGGCAGUAGAAAUUACAUAUCCUGUCGCCGAGGCAACAAGUUCGGGUCUGCUUGUCGUGUCUGGACAGGUCCAGGGAAUCAUUAUGAUAUUGGUGGCACAGGUUUUAGCCCAACCUCUCCCUGCUACUGAAAUGUCCUAUUCCAGAUGUGUAGUUGGUUGUGGAGCAGCUUCUACCAAUAGCUUUACUCCUCAGGAUUGGACAGAUCCUAUUAUAUUUAUGUUAUGUUAUGGAACCGUUGCCGCAGUAAUAGGUAUUAUCUUCCUGAGGGGUGACUACAAACGCCUGAAAGCCGAACAGAAAAUCAUGGCUGGAAAAAUAUUACAGAAUUCUGUUUCAGUUUCUGAAUGAUCUAUAUCCAGGAUAUAGAUGAAUGUUCUGCAUUAAAAUGGAAGAGCUUGGAUGACAAUUUGGUUAAUUGCUUGCAAUUUACACAUCUGCCUCUGUAUGAUUACAUCUCUUACAGCAGGGAUGAGGUAAUUCAUUAGUGUGUCCCUCUCUUCAACAAACUCUUAUGGAACUAGGUAUAAUACAUAUUUUUAUAACCUUAAGUUGUGCACUUGUGAUAUAUUUUUUAUUUCCAUUAGUUUCAUCAGAGUUGUUUACCCUUAUUAAAGGUGUUCACAUCGAGUUGAUACAGGGUUAUCAUGGACCCUAGGGAGUGAGAGUAAAUAUCUAUAUUAGAACAAAUAGGAAAUUUUGUACUGUUUGAAUGGAAGUCAAUUUGUAAAUUCUUUUGAGGAAUAAAGAAAUGUUUCUAUACACUAAAAUACAUUUGCAUUGAACACAAACACAUAUGAAGAUUUUUCUUUAUAUCAUCAGUGUUUAAAAAAAGAUAUUGUUGGAUUUACAGAGAUGUUUAUCUUAAGCAC